AUGGCUCGCCAGUCCAAGACCGCGGCGGCUGCCGAUCCGGCCAGCGAGGGCCAGGCCGGGGCUGUUUCCGGCUCUACCAUCAACGGGAUCGUUCCCACCCAUCUAGAGACCAAGUUUGCGUUCGCGCUGGUCAGCCAGUUCAAGUCCAAGCCGGACAUUGACUGGGAUCAAGUUGCUACCAUCAUGGGCAUGUCCAAGAAAAGUGCUAUCGAGCGCUGGCGCGUCAUGCGCAUCAAGUUCGGUAUCACCUUCAACGACGAGGCCGGCGACGGCGCAGCUGAGACUCCCGGUUCCGCCCGCAAGGGCAGAAAGAGCACCGUCGCCACCACCCCCAAGGCAGCCAAGGACGACGGCAAGGAGGAGAGCAAGGAGGACCAGGACGCAGCCCCCUUCACUCCCGCCAAGCGCGGCCGCAAGCCCGCCGGCGCUGGCAAGAAGACGCCGACGCCCGGCUCGGCCGCUGGUAGGAAGCGCCGCGCCGGCCCCGCCGACGCCACCACCACCUCCGGCGCCGCGGCUGCUGGCUCGCUCGGCAAUGACGGCGGCAAGGGCGCGGGCGGGGACGAUACGGUGGAGCGGGAGGGGCCCAUUGCGACGGCCUCCCCGAGCAAGAAGAUCAAGGCCGGCAAGAAGGCGGCGGCUGCUCCUGCCACUCCCGCUGCCACCCUUCCUGCUGCCACUUCCACUGCUACUCCUGUCGGCGGCACCCAGGAGGGGCACGCGUCUUCGCCUCUCUCCUCGGUCCCUGGCAUGACUGCGGAUGAGGGCUCGGGCGAUGAGAUGGAGGUGUAG